AUGCAAAAUUUAUCUGCAACAUCAGGUGAAAUGACUCGUAUUGAAGUGGAUGUAUCUGAAUUUGCUCGUGGUGAAAUAGCUGUUAAACUUCGACGUGAUAAUACAUUACUUGUGCAUGCUUUACAUCUUGAUCAAUUUGCUGCUGACAAUUUUUUUCGUAAAGAACUAGUUAAAACAUUUCCUUUACCAGUUGGUGCUGAUGCUGAUAGAAUACGUUCUGUUAUCCGAAAUACAGGUACAUUAAUAAUUGAUAUACCUAUGCUCAGAGAUAAUGAUGCUAUAAGACGUUCACAUGAAGAAUUAUUAAAAGCAAUUGAUCAAUCAUCAAAAGUAUCGAAAAAUGAUUAUAAUCGUUCAGCUUCACAUGCUGAUGUUACAAAUUCAACUUAUCAACCAACAAGACCACCACCAGCGACAGUUCCAAAACGAACAAGUAGUCUUGGUGAUAUUGAAUAUCGACAAAAUUCUAAAAUUCCUCCAACAUUUAAUAUGGCAGAAUUUUUACAAUCACAAUUUCGUCCAACAUUUACACCUAAUGGAAAGAAAUUAAUAUUAAAAGUUGAUACACGUGGAUAUGAACCAGAUGAAUUAACUGUACGUUUACUUGAUAAUAAUUUAUUAGUACAAGGAAGAAAAAAACCAUUCAUAGGAAUGAAAAAACAUGAAAAUAAACAAUUUAGUCAAAGUAUUCGUUUACCAGAUGGAAUCGAUAAAUAUAAUGUUACAUCACAAGUUAUGGAUGAUGGAGUACUUGUUAUUGAUGCACCUUUACUUAAUGCUGUAGUACAUCGAUAA